AUGCCUAUGUGCCAGGUUUUCACCAAUGUCUCUGCCGAUAAGGUCACCGAUGAUGUCCUGACAAAGUUGCAUGAAGUUUUCACUGAAGCAAUCAAGAAGGAUAAGAAAUGGUGCGUUGUGCACAUCGUCCCAGACCAAAAAAUGGUCGGCCAUGGACGAACAACUGAUCCCUGCGCAUUGGUCAACAUCAUGUCCAUUGGAAACCUUGGCGCUGAUGAAAACAUCCGCAUCUCUGGACAGAUCCAAGGAUUCCUUGAGGAGCAACUCGGGGUUUCCAAGGAGCGAAAUUACAUUCGAUUCGACGAUGCUCCAGCCAAAGAAGUCGGCUGGAAUGGAUCUACCUUCGGCCCUAUUCUUGGAUAA